GUUCCUGGGAUAGCGAGCUCUUCACCGGUAUCUAAGGCGCCCAUCUUCACCCACCUUUCCUGCAGGGAGAGAACCGGCAACUCCCGGAAGUAUAUAUAUACGGCAGCGCCGGUGUCGGGAGGUACCAGACGAGACAAGGACGAUGAGGAGGGCGAUAUUACUACUGGUGGGGCUAGCAGUGGUGGGGGCGAUCCCCACACUACCCACGACCAGCGAGCCAGACAUACAACAACUGAUCCUCAGUGCUAAGGCAGAGGACAACAACAUCGAUGGUGAAGGGAAGGUUCAACCUGAUGAAGAGGUGGAGUCAAGCCUUCAAGAUUUAGCAUCAUCAGCUCUGCCAGACCAAGAUCAGGUGUCUACUGUUGGGGAAGAGCAAGUGAGCAAGGCAGAGCAACCUCAAGCUGAAGCAGAAUCUGGCCCAGAGGCAGAGAAAACUAGUGAGACACAACCACAGGUAAACAACAGAACCAAAAGUAGAACAGGUAAAUGAUGACCCAGAACCACAAAUCGAACAGAUAAAUGUCGACUCAGAACCACAAGUGGAACCACAACCUGAUGUAGGACUGUUUCCCCUAGAGCCAUUUGAAGGGAACCCAUUGCUCAAGGGUGAUUCAGGAUUUGUUACAGUUGGGCAUGACACAAAGUUUGAACUGCCUAUGGUAGAUAAAGCUGAGCAAGAGAUGGGAGGUUUUACGGAAGAUUAUGUAGGAGUUGACAGCCCAAUAGUCCGUGGCACACUGGAAGAGAUGGCACAAGACAUAUUCCGCUUAUUUGUUCCCAGCUUUAACAGUAACGAUAGUCCAAGUGCAGGAGAAGUGGUCACAGAAGAUCUUCCACAAGAAUACAUCCAUCCCAACACUGAGUUGGUACAGCCAGCGGACGAAACUUACAGUUAUGAAUUUUCUCCAGAAAUGUCAGCCAAUGUUGAAGAACAAGACGAGAGAGGGGAAUAUUUUCCUAAUACCCCUGCCGGUGAUAAUGAGGAAGUCCCUUCUGAUCUUAUUCCUGUAGAAGGGGACACAUUGCCAGUCGAUGAAGAUGUCAUUGUAAUGGUGGAAGAGGAAAAUCCCAUAGAUGAAACUAAAGCACCCUUGGCGCCAAAUAAUGAUUAUCCACUGGUGACAGAGUUUUCAUAUGAGCCAAUUUUUAGGGAAGAGGUGUCGCUUGCAAACUUUUUCAUUCCAAGCUUUGAGAGAGAAACACAUGAAGAGCCUACAGCUGAUGAAACCCCCUUCGGGAUGAUGCCCGGAGAUUUUUCUCCUGAGGAAAUGGCACCUCACAUAGAAGAGACUGUUCCUCUGACGGAAGAAUUGGCUCAUGAGGAAACACUCCCUGCAGAAGAACUUAAUUUACCUGAAGAGCCAAUUGCAGUUUUCCCACAGAACAUUAAUGAAGGAGACUUUUACACACCUGAAAAUCUGGCCUCAGAUCUAUCAGCUGGUGUCCCUGAAAUGCAGCCUUUCAUGCCAGGUGAAGAAAACUAUAAAAGUGAAAGCACUGAUGCUCAGUUUGCCAGCAACCCAUUGCCUGUUCCCACAUUACUAGACCAAGUCAUGCAAGGACGCCCAGGUGAAGAAGAAUUUGCAGAGAGUACAUUUCAAAACAGUGUGAUCCCAGAUUUAGUAAUAGAAAGCAAUUCUGGACCAAUAGCAGACAUGAGAGAACAGAUAAAGAUGGAAGAUGGAGAUUCCAGUGACACUGAUAAUGGUGUGGAAAUCAUUGUAAUGAGUAACCCACAACAAAACUCUGAAGACGACAUGAUUCCUGUCAUAGCAACUAAUGGAGAGCAAAUCAUUACCGAGGAACGGCCACUGCCAAUUGCUGAGUUUCCAGCAGAAAAGUAUGCCACCCCCAUUGCUGUAAACCAACAGCAGCGUUGGACCCUUCACGACAAUAUUCUUCCAAUCAGCUCCCCUAAUGACGAUGAAAUCCCUCAAAUGUUUAAGAUAUUCCAUCCUCAGUGGAGAGAGAAUCUCAACUUCUUACCAUCCAUUGAGCAACAAAUUCAACCCCAAUUUGAUCAGCAUCAGUUGCCUAUCAUGGAAGAGCCUCAAGAAGUAAACAUGUACACAAUAGCCCAUAACAUGCCUCCAGAGUUUCCUACCCAACCUGAGGGCCUUCAAGAUGAUCAAAUUAUGCACAUAAGAGAUAACAUGCCAUUUCAGUUUCCACCUCAAUCUAAGAGUCUUCAGCAAGAAUCAGACAUGUAUAUAUUAGGAAAUACCAUGCCUCUGUUUCCUACCCAAUCAAAGCUUCAUCAGCAAACACCCAAGAUUAAUAUAAUUAGAGAAAACAUGUCUCCUCUACUUUCCACCCUGCCUGAGCUUCCUGAACAAACACCAAAUAUGUAUAUGAAGAGAGAGAACAUGUUUUCUCAAUUUCCUAUCCAACCUGAGAUUCCUCAGCGAGCACCUUACUUAAUGAACUCAAGAUUUCCUCCCAUUUCUUUCAGGUCAGGUGAUAAUACCUUUGAACCUAACCAAGGAAGAUUUAACGAAGACUUUGAUAUUUACCAAGCACCCGACAACUUUCAGAGAAACUAUGGCCAAGCCUCAGCGUUCCAAAACAUUCUAAAAAAUUUUGACACAUUCAAACCACAGCCUUUCAGUUAUAAGAUGUUCCCACAAGAAGACUAUCCUAGAUCAGUCAGUUAUGGUAAAUCAAUUAGCAGAUCUAUGCAACCAAGAAUGUCAGAGCCAAACUUCAACACUCUUGAGCGAACUUUCAUGCCACAAAACAGACUCAUGCAGCAAAACUUUUAUCCAGAGGCCUCAGCGAGACUGCAAAGGUUUGUACAAGAUCCAUUCGAGAAUUAUGAAUUAUCCUACAUCGACAAUGAACCAGAAGAAAGCGAGACCUCUUAUAAAAUCAGACCCUCAAACAUGCCAAUGACAUUCGAUAAGUUUAAUCUACCUCAGUCACAAUAUGACAUUGAGAUAUACCCAAUAGAAAUGCCUUACACUCCAAAUUAUAACCCUUUCGCUCUGUCAUCAUAUAGAAACAGUCGUCUACAGUACCCUCGCUACCAGUUCCCUAGUAGCCCUAAUUUCAGAACUAAAUACCUGACUUCCUACGAUGAACCAGACUAUUUUGACUCAGACAUUUAUUCAUAUGACUAUUAGUCUCCUGCAGCCCUUCAAAGCAUAUAUGAACCAGAUUUCUAUAAUCUCCGCAACCGCUCCUUCCGAGGUCCAUCUCCACCCUGGUAAACCCAAACAUGAAAUUAUUUGAUGUAACAGACCUUGUGUAGAUUUCUGAUGAACACAUGUGCAACAUCUCAGUAUUUUAAACAGCAGUAGAUGUGUUCACUAAAACUCAUUCUAUUUAACUUAUACGUUAUGAGAAACAGUUUGUAUGGCAUAUUGCUUCAUAGUUUAUUAACAAAAAUCUGUUUAAUAAUUACUCACUGCUGUAUUUCCUGUUCAUUAAAGUUUCUUAGUUUUAUUAGUAUAUCAAAUUUAUGAAGGUACAUGUAUUAAAUUAUAUACAAAUGCACUGUACAUCCACUAAUUACAUCAGGAGACAUAGUAAAUAUUACUGACUUAGUACAGUAUGCUAUGGCAUACCUAAAACUGUGGCAUUUUAAAUACAUUAAUGUUAUGAAAUAAUUUACUUUUUACCCAAGUAUAAAACAAGAAAAGUC